AUGGCUACGCUGUACGACCUUAGUCCACGUGAUAUUCCUCACAAAGAGUUGAACAAGCUUGCCUUCAGAUGUUAUACUAAAGAAGAGAUCGAGAAAUUGAGUGUGGUUGAAGUUACUCAAACAAAAACUUUUGAUAAUGUAAGUCCUCUUGUUUUUUACCUUUGUUACAGUUGUUUUAGUAUUUAUUUUAUUGAUUUACAAUGUUUAGGCCGGUUUCCCAGUCAGAAAUGGAUUGUACGAUCCGUUGUUUGGUCCAACGGAAAUGGUUGAUAAUUGUGAGACUUGUGGGUUGAGAGCUCAAUAUUGUCCUGGCCAUUCAGGUCACAUGAAGUUAAAUAUGCCUGUCUUCAAUCCUAUGUUGUUUCCUAUUACUUUUGAGGUAUGUUAAUGUAUGUAUUCAAUAAUUGGUGUUUAGAUAAUGAAAGGAGCGUGUGUACACUGUCAUAAGUUUUUUGGAACAAAAGAGAAGCAAAUAAAGGCUGUAGAUCUAAUAGAUUUGAAAGCAGAUGAAGAAGAAGAGAAGGAACCUAAGCCAGUCGAUGAUGCCAAAAGCAUUGUAAGUUCAUAUUGUUAACGUUCACUAAAAAGUAGUUGAAUUCAUGUAAAGGAUGAUUCUUAUUUUUGAAUUUUAGCUUAAAUCGAAAGCUUCUUGUCCUCACUGUAAAUACCGUUCUCCAACGAUCAGAAACGACUUCAUGACCACGAUGUUACUCGACUUUGCUGCUGCCAAAGCAAAAGGAUUAAAAAACGUAAAGAGCAAAGUGAAAACAGCGAAUGGAGAAAGUGAUGAUGACGAGAACAGUAAGAUAGAUACUUUUUUCAACGAUUCUAAAAGCAUCUUAACCCAAAGCACAUUAAACAUGUCAAAAACCAAAGACACGAUUGAACUACAGCUAAAACAAGUUCGUACCGGAAAGGUGGACAAGCUGGCCUGGAGGGCGUUGGAGGUCAGAGAUCACUUCAGAUUAUUGUGGCUUAAUGAAAACAUCAAUCUGAGGAAGUUGUACCCAUUCUUUGGCUUUAUUGAAGAGAAAUGCGAGAAGAACUGUCCGAUGGAUGUGUUAUUCAUGGAGACUAUUUUGAUUCCGCCUACUAAAUUCAGACCGGUCAGAUUUUUUGCUGGGCAGAAAUACGAGAGUUCGUCUACAGUAAUCUUCAGAAAGAUUUUAGAGGCUGACCAGCUGUUGAGUAUGGUCAAAAUGUCACUUAAAUCCAAUAAAGAGUUCAUGAACGUUAAGGUAGGUUAAGGGUUUUUAGAUUUAAAGUAUAAAGAUUUUUGAAAUUUUCGUUUUUAAAAGUAAAAAAAAUCAAAUAGUAUCGAAAUUUUUUAAUAGUUAAUGGCUUUCUUACUUUAUUCUCUGUUUUUGAAUGUAUUUAAAAUUUACAAAUUGUUUAAGGAGCUACUUGAAGCACGAGUGCAUGGAAAGACUUUGAACGAAAAGUUGUACAGUGCUUACGUUGCGUUACAACAGGCUGCUAACAAUUUGUACGAUCGAGAUGCAAAUCCUAUGUCUCGUGGCAACGGAGAAAAGGGCUUAAAACAGAUCUUGGAGAAAAAAGAAGUAGGUAUAGUGAUUACAUUGAGUUAUAUUUUACAAUAUAAAAAAUGAUUUUUAUGUUUAUAUUAUCAAUCUUUAGGGCCUGUUCCGGAUGAACAUGAUGGGAAAGCGUGUGAACUACGCUUGUCGUUCAGUCAUCACUCCAGAUCCGUAUUUGGACGUCGAUGAAAUUGGAAUUCCAGAGAUUUUUGCCAAGAAACUGUCCUUCCCAGAGCCUUUUUGCUACUUUAAUGCUUCAAAACUACGAAAACAAGUUGAAACGGGGCCUGACAGUUAUCCUGGAGCCAAUUUUGUUCAAAAACUUGGAAAACCGAAGGAGAUUCUGGCAAAAGAAGUCGAAAGAUCAGGCUACGCAAGGAACCUGAAGGCCGGAGAUCAGAGCGGAACCCAGAAUUCAUCGUUGGUGUAUCGUCACCUUGAGAAAGGAGACAUGAUGUUGAUGAAUCGUCAACCGACCCUUCACAGACCUUCUAUUAUGGCACACAAAGCUCGUAUUCUGACUGGCCAGAAAGCGUUGAGGAUGAACUACGCACCGUGCAAAGCCUACAACGCUGACUUCGAUGGGGACGAAAUGAACGGACAUUUUGUACAAAGCAAACUCGGACAGACAGAAGCGGCUGAACUAGGUGAUUGCUUUUCCUAAUUUGUGUUUUAAUUUUUUCUUUUGUCAUGUAUGACCUUUUUAGUAUCUGUUGGAAGAAACUUUUUGGUGCCUAAAGAUGGUACUCCAAUUCUCGGUUUGAUUCAGGACCACGUUGUUUCUGGUGUGUUGAUGACGUUGAGAGGUCGAUUCUUCAGUAAAAACGAUUUUAUGCAUUUGUUAUUAGCCGCUUUUGGACUACCAAAUAUACGACUACGGUUACCACCACCUGCCAUGUUGAAGCCUCAGAUUAUGUGGUCUGGGAAACAGGUACGGGUUUAGCUAUUUGUAAUUUAAUAAUUGAUGCCUUUAAAACAUAGUUUCGGUUUACUAGGUUUAGAAUCUAUUUUUAAAUUUCGAUUUUAUUCUAUUGAAUUUAAGGUAGUGUCCGCAGUGAUGAUGAACUGUGUACCAGUCGGUUACCCUCUAAUCAACCUGGUGGGCAAAGCCAAGUCUCCUUUAGCUUGUUGGAAAGUGAAAGGCUUCGAUUCUCCAGCCUUCCAGAUGUCGGAAUCUGAAGUCGUUUUCAGACAAGGAGAGCUUUUGUGUGGAGUUUUGGACAAAUCCCACUAUGGAACUACUCAAUUUGGUCUUAUUCAUUGUUGCUUUGAGUUGUAUGGCCCUAAGAUUGCUGUUAACAUCUUAAGUUGCUUCUCCAGAUUGUUCAUUCGUUAUAUACAGGUAAUUUUUUUCAGCUUUAAAUUUACUAACGUUAUUAGUUAAUUAGAUAUAAAAACAUGGUUUUUAGUGGCACGGAUUCACACUUGGUGUAGCCGAUAUUCUGGUGAACGAAGAAGCCAAUGCCAAGAGAACGACUGCCAUAAAGAAGAUCAGAAAGUCUGGCCCAGGUGCUGCCAGAAAGACAUUCGGCUUUGAUGAAAACACAAGUGCUCUCAGGUUGAAGCAUGCCAUGGCCUCGGCUUACAAUAAUCCCAGAAAGGAUAUCUCCGAGGUUAAAAUGCUGGAUUUCAAUGUAAAGCAGGCUUGUGGAAAGCUGACUGAACAGAUUAACGAGUAAGUGAAAGCUGAGUAAACUUGACAAGACGUGUUUUUAAGAAGACAAUGUUCAAAUUUUUAAAAAAAUAAUGUUUGAACACACUAUUUAUGCUAUUUCAGUGCCUGUGUGCCAGGAGGACUCAUUAGAAGUUUCCCAGACAACGCUCUUCAGAUGAUGAUCCAGUCUGGAGCCAAGGGAAGCAUGGUGAACUCCAUUCAGAUCAGUUGUGCUCUUGGUCAGAUCGAGUUGGAAGGUCAGAGACCUCCAUUGUCAGCUGUCGGUAGGACUCUUCCGUCUUUCAAAUGCUUCGACCCUUCGCCCAGAGCUGGUGGAUUUAUCGACCAACGGUUUUUGACUGGCAUCAACCCACAGGAACUGUUCUUCCACACGAUGGCUGGGCGAGAAGGUUUGAUUGAUACAGCUGUCAAAACAUCUCGGUCUGGUUACCUACAGCGGUGCAUCAUCAAACAUCUAGAAGGUAUUACUGUUGGCUACGAUCACACCGUUCGGGACCAUGACAACAGAAUUGUUCAGGUAACCUAUGAUUGAUAAUGUAUUCUAGCUAUUUUAAAAGUGCUAUGAAAAAUUCUUUUUACUUCAAACUCUUGUUUUAGUUCCGCUACGGUGAAGACGGAAUGGACGUCGGAAAGUCAAGUUACAUGAAUCCAAAGCAGUUCCCCUUCCUACAACAGAAUCUAGAAUGUCUUGGUGUUGUUGUUAAACCUCCUGGUGUCCGAGAUGCUGAUUUCAACUUGAGUAAAACCAAAAAACACUUCAAAAAGAUCUGCCGGUGGAAGAAAAAGAAUUCUGGAGCUCCACGGAAGCAGUACGUCUCUGGUUUCACCUUGUUCUCGGCUGAAAUGAAAGGAGAAGAUCGAGAUACAGUUGUCUACAAAUGGAGAAACCUGACCCAAGAAGAACGAGAAGGAUGGGAGGAGGCUGCUGGGAAGAAGUGUCCUUCUACUAUGGAUGACGUAGGUUACUUUGCACUAUAAUUUAUAAAAAACAACAUUAUUAACAUUGAACACCUUCUUUUUCAGCUGUUCCUACCAUCAAAGAACUUGGGAGCGUUACCUGAAAAGGUAUUGGACGGUAUUGUCAACUUCUCCGAAGACGACGAUUUCAAAACGACCUUAUUCUGGAAAGGAAUGCACUCCAUGGCAGACCCUGGAGAGAACGUCGGUCUUCUGGCGGCCCAGUCUAUCGGAGAACCUUCAACUCAGAUGACAUUGAACACUUUCCACUUUGCUGGUAGGGGUGAAAUGAACGUAACUUUGGGUAUUCCUCGUCUCAGGGAAAUUCUGAUGACUGCUGGAGCUAACAUUUCCACUCCGAUGGUCGAGAUUCUCAUAAAACCGGGUACUACAACAGAACAGAUCGAAGAAAUCAAGAGAAUGUUCACUCCAGUCACGUUGAAGGAGGUUCUCAAGAAGUUCAGCGUCGAAGAGAGGUUGGUGUUGAAGAAGGGGUAAGUUACAUCAGCAAAAAUAAUUUACAGACCAAUAUAAAUUAUAUGUGUAACUACAACUGAUCUAAAAAUACACUUUAGAUCUUCCGCCCGACAAUACUCUGUCACAUUUGAACUGAAGAGAAACAAGGAUCGUGAAGAACAUGCCAGACAUUUGAGCAGACAGAUCAUCAUCCAGUCCAUCGAGAAGACCAUUUCCAAAAUGGUGGGUGACCAACUGACCAGGAACUACAAGGAAGUGCUGGAGAUGGAGGUCAUGCAGCACCACAAGAUGAAGAUGACCAACCAGAAGAUCCUGGCUGAGAAAGAAGACGAGUUCGAGGUAACCAAGAAGGAACCCAAAAAACACAGGAACGAUGAAGAGUCCAGCGACGAAGAAGCCGAAGGAGGGAAAGAAGCCGACGCUUCUGAAGCCCGUCUCAAUCAGCGACAUCACGACGAUGGAGCCGAGUACGAAGGUGAAGAAGAAGAACAGAAGAUGGACCCAAUACAGGACGACGACAUUGUAGACAGUGAAGGAGAAGACAAUGAAGAGGCCGGACUGGCCGACGCUUUGAGGAUCAAGAAUGUCAUCGAGUCACAUCAGCAAAUUACAGAAUACCGUUAUGAUACAAAGUCUCACCGAUGGUGUACGGUAGUCUACGAGUUGCCGUUGAGGACAAAGACUAAACUGAAUGUAGCUGGAAUGGUGGAGCGAGUAGUGGAGAAGGCAGUAGUGUGGAAGACCCACAACAUUGAAAAGUGCAUUACCAGAGAAGACCAAAGGAACGGAAAGGACGUGCAAGUGCUACAGACACAGAAGAUCAAUGUCGAGGUAAGAAAUUUUUUUUUUAAAUCUGUGAGAAGUAGUGUAGGUAUAUCAAAAGCAAAGGUUAAUAUAAGGCAAUUCAAUAAUAUUAUAGUUAACAAGUAUUCAAUUGAAACUCUAAAAGUGCCAAACCUCUCCAAUGUCAUGGACUUGGACAAUCAGGGUUCCAAGCGAGACUUGCUUCAUGUAAAGUAAUGGAUAGAGUUAGGUAGAACAGAAAUAGAAUAGGCACAUUAUCACCAGCAAUAUAUAAAAUACAAAACUGGCUAGAUUAAGGCCGGUUCAAGAGCACACGUAUUAUAAUUAGGGUGAGGUGGCAGUCCAGAUUCUGACAAUAAUUAGCGAAGUGGUUGUUGUAGACAUUAGAGAAGGAAAUCAUGUGUGGGGCGGAUUAACUCCUCGGGAAGCACUUUAUACGGCCGGCGGUGGGGCCGAACUAUCCUCGGAAUUGAAGAUGUGUCCUCACCUGCCGCCCUAAUCUUGAUUACAGAUUAACUCUGUCAUAGUAACGGGUGUAUAUGAGUGUCUUUAAGUGACUAAUUACAUCCGGUUUCAGGCGUUGUACAAGUUCUCUCACAUUCUCGACGUCAACACUCUCUACAGUAACGACAUCAACAUGAUGCUCAAGUACUACGGGAUCGAGGCUUGUGCUCGAGUCAUCUUCAAGGUACUUUUAUGACAUUACCAUCACUUUUUAACUUGAAAAUGUUAUGUUUCUUUAUUAUUGUAACUGUCUACUUAUUUACAAAUUCAGGAAAUGAACAACGUGUUCGGAGUGUACGGUAUCGAGGUGAAUCCUCGACAUUUGACGUUGGUCGCCGACCACAUGACUAGUCUAGGCUCGGUCCAACCAUUCAGUCGAGGAGCCAUGGUGAACAACAGUUCUCCUUUGCAAAAGAUGACAUACGAAACGACGUUGAAGUUUAUGAGGGAUACCAUCAUCCAAGGUAUGUCAAGUCACAUAUUUUUAAAUUAUGAUUGAUGUGUAACAUUGAAAGUUAGUGUGUUUGGGGUUAUUUAUGCUUCUAAAACGUGUUUCUCCUCAAUAUUAUCUACAACUUUGAGUUAAAUUUCGAGCAAUUUGUACAACUUUUUGCUGAAACCAGACGAUGUUAGCGGUACCGACCGGUCUCUGGUCGGUCGAGUGACGUCACGGGAACAAAGUCUGCUACUUUUAAUGAUUCUCCGCUUCUUUUGAUCAUUUUUACUCUUUGAAGAACAAUCUUUUGCAAUUUUGCACAAUGAAAAAACAAUUUAUAGUUAUACAAAUGAUAAAUAUAUUGUUUUAGGUGACAUCGACGAAUUGGCUAGUCCCUCGGCCAGACUCGUUACAGGACAAACAAUUCAUGGAGGUACUGGAAAUUUUGACAUACUUAUGAACAAUACCUACAUGGCCACGCCCAACAUCGCUAAGAAGAACUACGAGGCCAUGGAGCACUAG